CGUUUAGCUGUUGCACUUCGCUGUCAGCGAGCAACAUGGCUACAGGAUUUUUACUCAAUCGUGCAGCACUAACGUUAGGAAUCCACUGUCAAAAUGCGUGCAGGAAUGUCACUCUGACUCACGUGAGGGGGAAAAAGCGAUGGAUGAAAACUUAUGUUUAUCUGAUGGCGAAAAAGCUGAAGCUUGAAGGACCUCCGCCGCCUAAACCACGCUCACAGAAACCUAACUGGGAUUACCAUGCAGAGGUCAAUGCUUUCCAAACCCGCCUGCAUGAAAAUUUCUCAUUGGAGCUUCUAAAAAGGGCUUUUGUCAAUCCAUGUUAUCUGAAAGCAGAGAGUGAGAGAAGACAAGGAUUGGGUGUGGACACUGAGUUGACUGCUCUUACACUGAAAGAUAAUAUCGAGCUUAGUGCUAAAGGAGAAGCAUUCACCAAAAUGUUUGCAGCUGACUGGUGCAGGGCCAGCUUCCCCAGUCUGCCAGAUGAAGGGGUGAAGAGUGUUGUAGAUCAUCUCACUGGUGUACGCACAGUCACCUACGUCUCCAGAAGAUUAGGAAUUGAAGACCUCACCAUGAGUGCAGAAUUUCCUGUUCCAGAUGAGGUCCUCUAUUCUACUUUCAUGGCCAUAAUAGGAGCACUACAGCAGAGCAGUGGUGCAGAACGAGCAGGCUUUUUCCUCAGGGAUUUCCUGAUUACUCAAAUGAUUGGAAGGGACUUGUUUGAUUUAUGGACUGUUGUGAAUCCUAUGGGCCUUCUAACAGAGGAGCUGACAAAGAGAAAUAUUCCUCUUCCUGAGCCCCGUCUCAUAAGGGCUGCAGGAGCCAGCACUGUCCUUCCUCUGUACUUUGUUGGCUUGUACAGUGAGAAGAAGCUUUUGGCUCAGGGUCCAGGAGAAACGUUAGCUUUAGCUGAAGAGGAGGCCGCUCGAGUGGCACUGAGGAAGAUAUAUGGCUUCAGUGAAAACCGAAAACCAAUUAACUUCUCUCCUCAACAAGACCAGCAGUCAACAGUUCAAGCAAUUGGUAGCAAUUGAGAUUUUAUUUGUUAUAGUAUUAUAUAAUUUCUUUUUGCCUAACUUUUUGUUAUGUUUAAUGACACAAAUCCAUAAAACCCAUGUUCUGUGUAAAUACUGCAAAGAUGAAAAUAGUCAAUAAAAAUGUCAUGGUAAUCAAUUU